AUGUUCAAGUAUCUGGCUACUAUUCGAGUAAUUCAUAAUUGUUUUCAAAAAAUGAAUCAAACAACAUCUAUGCUUUAUAGAUGCUAUUCAAAUGAAUCUGAAUUUGAUGAUUCAGAAUUGUUCUCAAAUAAUAUUAUCCAUUUUAUUGAAAGUUGUAAAAUUAUUGAUGAUGACGUUAAUUCAUCUAAAAAGAGUUAUUCUGAAAUAUUUGCUGAGAAUAAUAUUUUAUUCUUUUUAGAAUUCAUUUCUAAUUUGUCUAAUUACAUAAAUAGAUUAAAUUAUUAUUAUAAUACUAAUAUGAAAUGUGUGAACCCAUAUGAUGGACUGAUUGAAGCUUAUAUUAGCUUUAAUCAUAAAUAUCCAAAAUAUUCUGAUAUUGAAAUAUUAUCUUUGGCUGUUAUGAAGCUGUUGCUAAAAUAUGUUUAUAAUCAAAAUAUUGAUGGGGGUAAGUUUACAGUAGGAUAUACUAUGAGUGGCAUUAACAUUGAUAGAAUAUCGUAUAUUUUAGAUAAAUCUAUAGAUUUGAGAAAUACUAAUGGUGAAAUGAAACCUAGUUAUGGUUUAUACAUGAAAUUGAUUCAAUUGAUGCUGAUCAAUGCUGAAAAAUAUCAAAGUUCAAAUAUCUAUGAUAUUAGAAUACGUGUAUAUUAUCAAUCUAAAAAUAAAGAGCAAUCUCAUAUUAAUAUAUCUGGUCUUGAAGAAAAAGAAGUUAAUGACUUGUUAUUUAACAUCUUUCAAUCAGAAGAUUUUCUUUCUAUUAAGAGUUCUCCCCCGAUAGUUCAAAGUUUUAAGAAAAAGCGUGAGAUACCUAAAUAUAUAACUAAAGUGUUAAAUAAGACUGUUAAAAUGAAAGCAUUCAUUGUUGCUGAUAUCGAGACCAUUAUGUAUGAAAAUGAUAAAGGGAUACAUUAUCAUGUACCUUAUGCAGCUGGUUUCUUAUUAAUUCAGCCUGAUGUUGAUGUGGGUUCUAUUCCUAUACAUAAGUUUGAGUCUUAUUAUAGUGAGGAUCUAUAUCACGAUACAUUUUUAGAAAGAAGUGACACCAUGAUGGUGAGAUUUAUAGAACGUAUAUCUAAUGUUUCAAAAAAUCAAAAUAUCAAAAGUAUCUAUUUUCAUAACAUGUCCAAAUUUGAUGGUAUCAUAUUAAUGAAAUACUAUAUAAUAUUUUAUCAAGAUAAAUAUAAUAUUAAAGCUCUGAUGAGAAACAACUGUCUCUACCAGCUAUCUAUAUACAAUAAAGGAAAUAAUCUAUUAUUAUAUAAAUAUAUGGAUUCUUUAAAAGUUCUCCCUGGAACUCUUAAUAAUCUAGGUAAAGCUAUAUGUCCUGAAUUAGGUUCUAAAGGUUCUGUAAACCAUGAAUCUGUUAAAGAGGAUAAUCUGAAAUUUCGUAAAUCUGAAUUAAUAGAUUAUAUGAUACAAGAUAUACGUCUAUUGGGUGGUAUCAUGUGUAAGAUACAAGCUAAUUACUUUCGUCAGUUUGAUAUUGGUAUAACAGAAGUAUUGACUAUAUCAUCUCUUGCUCUUCUAAUCUAUCGUAUGAAAUACUACGACAUGGAUGUCUUUCCUAUCUAUAUACCUAGUCGUAACGAGGAUAAUUUCAUUCGUAGAGGAUACUAUGGUGGACAUUCUGAUGUCUACAUCAAAAAAGGUGAAAACCUCAAUUAUUAUGAUGUUAACUCUUUGUAUCCAUAUGUAAUGAAGGAAUAUCCUAUGCCCGGAGGUCAACCUACUUGGCAUAGUGAUUUUAACGGUAAAGACUUAAAUGAGUUGUUUGGAUUUAUUGAGGCUUAUGUUGAAUGUCCAACACAUAUUCAUAAACCUUUUUUACCAUAUAAAGAACAUGAUAUUUUACGUUUUCCAACUGGUAUAUGGGUGGGUGUAUAUUUUAGCGAAGAGCUAAAGUUAGCCAAAUCACUGGGUUACACUAUUAUACCUAUAAAAGGUUAUCUAUAUGAGAAGAAUGAUAAGAUGGUGUCUCCUUUCAAGAUAUUUGUUGAAUCUCUAUUCGAGAAAAGAAUAGAAGCUAAGAAAAAUGGUGAUGAAGCAAUGUCUUAUGUAUAUAAGACUAUAAUGAAUUCACUUUACGGGAGAUUUGGGAUAAAUCCAAAGAGUCUUAUUACUGAAAUUUGUGAUAAAAAAAGAUAUGAUUCUUUAGUCAAAAAUAUCGAUAUAGAAUAUGGAAUGCAUCUUGAAGAUUCAUAUUAUCUAGUAAGAUAUUAUAUAAAUACUGAAUUGAGUGACGAUUCUAAAUGGAACCCACCCAGGAACUCUGCUGUUCAAUUAUCCGCAGCUAUUACAGCUUAUGCAAGAAUUUAUAUGUACAAAUAUAUCUCAAGAUCCGAUUGCUAUUACACAGACACUGAUUCUGUAGUUCUACAAGAUUCUCUUCCUGAUGAAAUGAUAUCAUCAUCAGAAUUAGGAAAGUUUAAAUUAGAACAUUAUGAAAUUGAAGGAAUUUUCCUUGCACCAAAAAGUUAUAUUUUAAAAAAAAAAGGUGAUCCAAACUAUCCUAUUAAGAAGCAUAAAGGCGUUGGUAAAGAUUACAUCGACGAAAAGUGGUAUGAUGAUCAUUCAUCAAAUGAUAAUUUGAUUGAUUUUGUAGAUGUUUCUACAAAUUUUAAAAUUGAUCAUUUCAAUUUUGUUAUCAUGAAGAAUAAAAAUCAAUAUAGAUUGAAUCCUAACAUAAGGAAUAAAAGAAUGCCAAUUCUUUUUCUUACUGAAGAAGGUAAUCAAAACUGGUUAUAUACAAAACCUAUUCACAUAGAUAAAAGUAAUGAGCUUUAUGUAAGAGACCAAAAAAAUGAACUUGAAAAGUUGGAACUUGAGAAAGAAAAUAACAAAUUGACUUUAAAAGUAGAAAAAAUGGAUGAACUUGAGAAAGAAAUUCAAUUUUUGAAUUUGAAUGUAGAAAAACUAACUAAUGAGCUUUUACAGAAUCAAGAUAAUAUAAAUGAUACUUCUAAAGAAGAGUAA